GAAGAAGAAGGGAGGGAGACAAUAUGGGUGAUGGAGGAGGAGCUUAUUCUCGCCCUCCUCUUGUUCAGCUCCUGACAUUUCUGGUGUCUAUAACAGCGGCAGUAGUAGUAGUAGUAGCGAGCUUGGUCCCUCCCAGCCUUGGUUACGAGUGCAGCAGGAAGCCAGUAAUAUUCAACUUCGGCGACUCUAACUCAGACACUGGUGGGAUCUCCGCUGCUCUUGGCUUUACCAUUGGCCUUCCCAAUGGCCGUACCUUCUUCCAUCAAUCCUCCGGUCGAUUAUCUGAUGGUCGCCUCGUCAUUGAUUUCCUCUGUGAGAGUUUGAACAUAAGUUAUAUGACCCCAUAUCUGGAGUCAGUGGGCCCAAAUUUCACAACUGGGGCGAAUUUCGCCAUAAGUGGAUCGUCUACCUUGCCGCAGUUCGUGCCUUUCUCUUUGGACAUUCAAAUUCUUCAGUUUCUUCGCUUUCAAAGUCGCUCCCUUCAAUUCACGGGACAAGGUUGGAAGGAUUUGGUCGAUGGAGAUGGCUUCCAGAAUGCACUCUACAUGUUUGAUAUUGGGCAGAAUGAUCUUGCUGGUGCAUUCACUUACCUUUCCUAUGAUCAAGUCAUCCAAAAAAUCCCAUCCUUCCUCAUAGAGAUCAAGGCUGCUGUUUGGAACAUAUAUAAGACUGGAGGGAAGAACAUUUGGAUACACAACACAGGGCCUCUUGGUUGUUUGCCUCAGAAGCUUUCGACAAUGACUGGCAAAAUGGCGGUAGAAGUUGAUGAGUAUGGGUGCCUCAAGCAACUAAACAAUGCUGCAAAACAGUUUAAUGAAGGGCUGAGUGCCCUUUGUACAGAACUGAGAACUGAAAUGAAGAAUGUCACCAUUGUAUAUGUAGAUAUAUAUGCCAUCAAGUAUGACCUCAUCGCAAAUUCUACUAAGUAUGGUUUUGAGAAUCCAUUAAUGGCAUGUUGUGGUUAUGGUGGUCCUCCUUACAAUUUCAACCCUAAUGUGACCUGUGGCAAGACUGGUUACAACAUUUGCAACGAAGGAUUGCGGUAUAUAAGCUGGGAUGGAAUUCACUAUACUGAAGCGGCCAAUCUCGAAGUGACAUCGAAGAUCCUUUUUGGAAAUUACUCUCAACCUCAAAUUAAGUUUGAUUAUUUUUGUCGUGCCUAA